UCUCCGUGAAACAGGUUGGCUACAGUUCCGAAAAACCGCAGAAAAUGUGUUUUUACCCUUAAAUUUGGCCACAAUUAAUUACAAAAACCUUCGCUUUUCACAAAAAUUCCUCUCCUCCAGCUAACUAAGUCCCGGUUUUGAAAAUGUCCACUUUUCCCCGAAUCUGGUAAAAUUGAGUAGUGCGUCUGUUUUUCUAGCUUUUCCGCAAAACCAACCCACCUGUUACCACCACCCACUUCCACCCCAUCCACAUUCCCGGAAUGUAACCCACGAACCCUUCCCGAUUCCGCCCAGCCGACGCCGCAACCCUAACCUAAAACUUGUUUGUAAACAUAUGAAAAUGAGGCACCUCGAGCAAGAGUCCAGCUCGGAUUACGCCUCCCUCGAGCCGAAACCCGAGUACUUGGACGAACUCCUGGAAAUCAAGGAAGAAAUCCCCAAACACAUUUUCGAGGAGUGCGAGAAUUUCAUGAAGAGCGACUUUACGAGCGAUGAGGAGCGUUUGGGGCUCAAUGAAGACAGCGACAGCGAGGACGACGUGUUCGCCAAGAGUAAUAAGCGCCGAAGUAGGCGUAAAUCGCUCGUGCCGCAGCGAGCAAUUCAGGUUGAUCACCAGAGCGCCCCGAGCUCUGAGUCAUCCCAGGACGUGUCGGAGCACUCACACUUGAAUGAUGUACUCGAGGCCGUUAAGAGCGAGGAGCAGGCCGAGAAAAGCCUGUUGGCGGACACAAUGGACACUUUAGUCAUACCGGAUAAUGAAGAUUUAUUGUCGAGUAUUAGUGAAGAAGACAUAUUUAAAGAUUUGCAGGAGGAGGCGGAUGGGGAGAAGCUCGACGACGAGAUUUUGGAUAACGUGAAGGAGGAGUGGAGGGCGCAUUGGGGGGUGAAGUGUAACAUGUGUGAGCAAGUCUUUCCAUACAAAACCGAGUUUGAUAAGCAUUAUCAGGAGAAUUAUGGGCUGGUUCCAGUGUACACGUGCACUUUUUGUAAUAAGACUGCUGAGAAAUAUUCAACUUUUAGGUCACAUUGUUAUAGACAUAUAACGGAAGGGCGUUACAAGUGUCAAGAGUGUCCGAAAGGCUUUAGUUUGCAGAGUAUGUUGCAUGUUCAUGUUUUGGCGAAACAUACAAAGGCGAAGCCGUUUAUGUGUGACGAGUGUGGCAAGAGCUUUGUGACCAAACCUGGGUUGAAAAUUCAUCUUAGGAAACAUAAGACUGAACUGAAGGAGGACUACCCGUGUGUUGAGUGUGGAAAAAUAUUGCACACUCGCGGCGGCCUGACGUCCCACAUGAACGUCCACCGCCUGGGCCGGCGGUUCAUGUGCGACGUGUGCGGCAAGACGUUCACCCAAAAAGUGAACAUGCAACAGCACGUGAAGCAGCACACUGGCGACAAACCGCACGGUUGUGAUAAAUGCGGAAAAACUUUCGCAGAGAAAUCCCACCUGGCACGGCAUUACAGUUUCCACAGCGAUCAAAGGCCCUUCAAAUGUGAUGUAUGCCAAAAAAUGUACAAGACUGAACGCUGCUUGAAAGUCCAUAGUUUAGUUCACGCGGCGGCUCGACCAUUCGUUUGUAGUUACUGUAGCAAGGGGUUCCUGAGCAGCACUAAACUGAAGCAACACUAUAACAUCCACACGGGCGAACGACCGUACAAAUGCAAGUACUGCGAGCGGACGUUCACGAAUUACCCGAAUUGGCUGAAGCACACGAGGCGAAGACACAAAGUCGACCAUAAGACUGGAGAGAAUUUAGGACCGAAAGUACCCAAGGAUGAGACGCAGCAGGCGGCGGCUGAUGCGGAUUCCACCGAGCAGCUGGUGGCGGAUAUUACGCUGAGUAAGAACGAGGAGUUGUUGCUUCAGCAGGGACUUUUGAAUUUUCCGUUGACUGAUGACAAGUUUGUGAUACCCCAACAGAUUGAAUUUCUUGCAGGGAACGGAGUUAUUACAGGGACUAGUAAUACUUCUGUAGGGAUGAUCGUUCCGUAUUUCCAAACGUCAUUACCAGGCCACCAAACCUUGAUACAGAACGCCAAUAACGUAAUGACGAUGCAGUUCAGUGAUUUAGUUCAAACGCAAUAUUUGCAGCAGCCUCUGAUAUGAUUUAAGUAAUAAAUUUUAAUUCAUCUACGCAAAGUAUUGUAAACGCUAUUCUAACUUAUGAUUUAUAUUUAAGGUCUUCAUAUGGUGUAAAUAACGACGUGCGUUGUCACGCAUGCAGUAAACAAAGACAGUUGACAUAAAUAACAUUUUAUAUCGUUGUCUUUGUCUAGCACAUUCAUGGCGUUGCGGAUUUAAGAAUCGCCAUAGUUUAGUUGUACGAAAAAAAUUUCUCAAGUGGACUUCAGACGUGUAAGCACCACUUUAGUUCGAUAUUAUGUUGCGUUAACGAAAUGAGGCGCUGCGAUAUUUAAUGUUUACGUUGCAAACAAUAUACAGGGUGCGUCACAGAGCGCUCGAUAUCUCAUCAGUUAUUAGAACUAUACAAGUGUCCUGUUUUCAAGGCAAUUUUCUUGAGUUUUUUGUCUUAUAAUAUUUUGUGGAAGAACACUUUGUACAAAGUGUUUAUAAAAAAAUCUAAAACUUCACAAUUUUCAAUUUUGGAUAUUUCAGCUUUUUCAAAUGGAACACCGUGUAUUUCAUUACUGUAUCAUACUCGAUUUUUUGUCCUCAGUCUUCUAAUAUGUUCACGUGUCUCUUAAAAAAGUAAAGCAUAGUCGUAACUGUAAAAUUUAAAUAUAGAAAAUACUCAGCAAAAAGAAAGAGACCAAAAAAUAGAAUAAGAUGAUCAGUAAUAAAAUAUAGGUGUUCUGUUUGAAAAAACUAAAAUAUAGAUUUUUGAAAAUUUUAAUAAUUAAAAUAUUUCUAUAGACACUCUGUGUAUGACAAAAAAGUGGAGGAUUUAAGUUCAUUGCAAUAAAAAUUUACAAUUUUGGACAUGUUUUAAGUUUCUUGUUGCCGAAAUAAGUUUACACAUAAUAAGAAAACAAGGCAAAAUAUAAGC